UUUUUUCAGAGGCUAACAAAUCUCCUUCAUUUUGCGACAUAGCUCAUCCAUACUGGUACAACGCGGGAUAAGAAUGCUAAGAGACACAGCAUGAUGAUUUCCUCUUAAGUGGCAAAGGCUGUACAGUGUUUUGAGGAAUCCAAACGAACACCGUGAUGGAAUCCGAAUUUUCACUGCUGUCCUCCUCAAAGGGAGAGUUCAAGGCCGAAAAUUACAUACAGCCGCAUUACAAGGAAGCGUAUCGGUUAGCCAUUGACUGCCUUGUCAAAGAGGGAGAAGCUUCUUAUCGAAAUUUCAUCAAAGAGGAGGGCAUAUGCGGUUUCCUCUCUGAGGGAGAAAUCGGCCAGAUUACAGAGAGCGCUGUGCAGCCCCCCACCAGCAACCACUCAGAGGAAGUGGACAGUCCGCAGGAUGACACGUCCUCCACGGGCACAUACUGGCCCACUCACUCGGACACUGACCCGCCAAACCUGGAUUUAGGCUGGCCAGACGUCCCGCACAGAAGGCUCGAGACCAGCAUAGACCUGCUCUUCCACCCGCCGAAGCAAAACAGCCCCACUAUCAAGGAAGUGAUCCGCAAACAAAUACAGGAUGCCAGGCAGGUCAUAGCAAUCGCAAUGGAUAUUUUCACCGAUGUGGACAUCUUUAAAGAAGUGGUGGAUGCCUCAGUCAGAGGUGUUCCUGUCUACAUUCUCCUUGACCAUAAUCACUUCAAAAGCUUUCUCAAUAUGGUAGAAAAUCAAGACAUCCAAAUCCAAAAACUCAGGAAUAUGAGGAUACGCACAGUGAAAGGCCAGGAAUAUUGUUGCAGAUCUGGGGUAAAGUUCCAUGGAGGAAUGGGCCAGACAUUUUUUCUUGCUGACUGCCAAAAAGUGUUUUUUGGAUCAUAUAGCUUCAUGUGGUCCUACGAGAAGAUAAACCUCAGCAUGGUUCAGGUUAUAACAGGCCAAUUAGUGGAGACUUACGAUGAGGAAUUUCGGACGUUGUACGCUCGAUCAACAGUCCCAGCUCAGUUUCAGACUGCCAGCGUGAACCAGUGUGAGACGAAGCCCAAUGGAAAAAUGGAUGGUUAUCUGAUUCAUUCCAGCCAACCCUUUGAAAGGAAAGAUCAUUUAAGGCAUACACUUGACGCUGUUUACCGGCAAACCUGUGAAAGGAGAUCAGGAUUUUCGGCACUGAGAGAGGUUGAAGAAAGACCACUUGUCACACCACAUGCUCGAUUCCUUCAAGAUACAUCAGAGUUUUACAAAAGACACAGCUAUGCAGGAGAGCAGCAGGAGCCUGUGUAUCUGCCAAAACUGCCCAAGUAUGGCACUAGUAAUUGGAACGUGGCAGCAGAGAGCAACCGUUAUGGCGGAUUCUCCAACAAUGUGGACAAGCAGUAUGAAAGUUACGUCAUCAACCCGAUGUUCAGAGGCUCAAACAUGCGCCAAUCUUACCACGGCCACGACAAACAAGUUCAAAACAUGAGGCAAAACCUGCCCAGUUUAGCAAGUACUUCCAAGUCUUUCCUUCGGACAUGGAGGAUAGAGUCUUACCUCAACAACAACAAUGAUCCACCUUACGGCGAGAACUACGAUUAUCUGGACCAAUUUGAGGAGAAUAAAAUGGCUCCUCCACAACACUCCCGCAUCAGGUCAUCGGUUGUUUUCACGUCCACCAUACCAGAACAACCAGAGACAAACAGCUACUCCAAUAAUUCAGCAUCCUUCAACCACGAUCUGGCACGAAUUCAGUCAAACGCUCACAUGUAUUCUUCAACCCUGUGGAAUCAGACAGCACAGCACGAUGACUACAUGCUAAAGAGGUGCAGUUUACAGAUUUUAGAAAACUCAGGAAGUAGCACGACCCAUGGCUCCGGACAGGAUGCAAUAUAUGCAAGUUUAAACAGAGCCAAAAAUAUAUUUGCAAACAAGGAGCAUGACUACCAGCAAGAGGACCGAUACAAAAGGCACAGCGUGGCCGAUCCCAGGUGCAAUACAUAUAACAGCGACUUGAAUGAGCCCUCUAAUAACAUGUACGCAUCUUUACCUAUAAGACAGAAAAUCUGCAACAUGUCUGCAAAUGAGAAUCCCAGAAACGAAGCGUACACACCAAAUUUCAAAGAGGACCAGAGGUCCGUCUCACAUCAUGAUUUCAAAAAGGCAGAUGAGAGCACAUCUACCUCAGGAAACAUAUGGCAAGAGCCUCCCUCGAGAACUGUGUCAGCAACGCUUCUGGACACGGAGGACAGUCAGCCUUCAAAACCAAACAGCGCAUCAUCGCAGCGCUUCUUGAAAAAGAGCACCAAGAAAAUAAAAUCCCUUCUAAACAUCCCACAAAAGGGGGACAGCUCACCGAAAGGAAAGAACUCAGAAAGUCUUAAAAUGGGAAGCAGCACUGAUACAAUUCUCUCAGAUUAUGAUGACACAGCACAAGGCAAGAAAUCCCAGGAUAGCACUGCCAAUUCCACCAAGUCCGUUGAGAGCAGCAGACUGAAGCAAGCUAAUGGGAAGAUCUCUGGAGCUGAGAAUCACUCUCCUGGCCUGGCGGGAGAGGCAUCUGCGCCUCGGUUUAUCACCGAAGAGCUUCAUCCCUCUCACACCCCUGCAAGUGCAGAGACUUCCAAAACACAGGAACAAUCCACGGUCGUUUCUCAAAACGAGAAGACAGACUCAACACUAACCAGAUCGGAUCUGUUGUCAAAGCAACAAGUAUCAGCAAACAGGCUAUAUAGCAGAUUUGAGCCACUUUGCUCAUUUGAAAGUAGGCUUCCCACCGCAGGCCAGCCUGCUGCACAGAGUCACGUAAGCGAGAAAACAAGGAAUUCUGUUUUUUUAAGAAGACAGCCAAUGAAUGACCAUAGCACUUAUACAAACCAGCAGACGCAGGGACAUGACAAUAGAAUUGGCCGUUUCAUUCAAAGGGUUGGAAAUUUAAUACACAAGAAUAAGUACUGAAACAAUUACUGAAAUGACGUUGAAGCGGAACCGUGUCAUUUCUGCACCACUAUAUUGACAAAAUGGAAUUGCAAAAAUUGCACAAAGCAUUUUUAAAAAGGUCUCUUAAGCACUAUUUUCCACUUUUCAAUGGUCAGACUAACAGAUAGUCCUGCCCCUAACUAAUGCUAAGGUUAUGUCAGACUGGCUGGGUUGGUCGUGCUUAAAUAGCUUGUUUAAACUCUCUCUGCAUAUUAAACUGGGAUAGAAUAAAAUAUUUUAAGUGACACAUUUUGGCUGUCAAAAUGUGCAACAAUGAUGUUUACUUGAAUGCAUUAUUGCUAAAGCCAGUGUUGAAGGUUUGCAAUAUAACUGGUUGAAAAUGCUGCAAGCACUGUUACACUGUUACUUUGUAGUAGAUUUAGUUUUAUUAAUAUUAUUUGUAAAUUUAAAAGUAAUGUUUUGAGUAGGGAGACUGGGUUAAUAAUUUCUGUCACUUAAAAACAUUUGACAUUGCUGGAAACAUGCAAGAUAAAUAAAUGUUAGUUUGUGGGUAAUUGAUGCUUAACUAUCUUUAAGGGUGACCAUACUGGCAUAUUCUGCACUGGCUUAUCUAUCUAUAGGUCAUGACGUUGUGGGUGUCGUGAUUGACCCAAAACAGUUCUCUAUUAAAUAUGUGAAUUAAUGACUCUCAUUUCAAAAAGUGCACAUGUACAGUUCAGUAUACUGGACAAAUAUCAAACUGGUCAAAUAUCAAAAUGUUGUUCUCUUACUAAA